UGCAUACAUUCUACAAAUACAAAAGAUAAAUUUUGUCCAAAGAAAGAUGCUUUUUUUAUUGCAAACAAUCAAACGUCUUCAAUGUGGCAAAAACUGCAUAAUGUUUUAACCAUACCAAUGGAAACUAAAGUGACUAGUAAAACCAGCAGUUUAAAAGCGCUAUUGCUACGAGCAUGGCGAGAACGUUGGACCGACUUGCAAUGGGGUAUUAAUAUUAAAACAAUUCUUCCAAGGGGAGUAAGCGGUGAUGUACAUAACUUAGCUGAUUGUAUAUUACAACAAGCAUUAGUAGGACCAGGGCCUAAUCAAUUAGUUUUGUCAUAUUUGAAACAUUCUUUAAGCUCUCAGCUAGUGUCAUAUGCAGCAGUGUUGCAGCGAAUAAGUAAAUACGAUGCAUUUCACAAGCCUCAUUGCAUAUUAAGCUUACUCGAAUUUUUGGAAUCAAUACAAGUUGGUAUUACAUGUCGUGGUAAACCAGAAGAAGAUCUUUUAGCAGCAGCAGUUUUAUCUAUUGUCCAUUGGCUCUUGCAAUGUUAUCUACAUGCAUUGACAAAAGUACCCCAGAAUAAUCCUCUUACUCUGCAUUCAAAUGAGUUAUUAGACAAACCUGCCAGUAUCUUGCAGCAGGUACUGAAUUCGGAUUUUCUUUGUGCUAUGAUGUAUCUAGCUAAAUAUGAUGACAAAGAUCUGUACAUAGAUGUUGUGAAAAAAUGUCAAGAAAUCGAGACAUUACUCAAAACGAGCAGUCAAAAGUCUGUAGUAGCAAUAGAGGAUUCUCUGAAAAAAUUAUGCAAUUUAGAGAUCGAUAGUCUCUGCCCUGAAAAGACUAAAAUGGAGUCCAUCACUCAUUGUUUACAACCACUUUUUGCCGUUCAAGUGUUAUUGAAUCCCAGCACUGAAACAACUGUGUUUGUAAAUCAAUUAUUGAUGUUGCAAAGAUUAAAGAGUUAUACAAAUGCACGGCUUUAUUGCGAAAUAAUUCGCGCUUGUUUGAUGUGCCUGCACAAUGUGACAGGAACAUUUAAAGAGUCACAAUGGGGAGCUUUCAUGUUUCUAAAAGUGCCUCUCAUAUUGAAAGAAUUGCACGCAACUACUGUAAAUGGCGAUGAGAAGUUGGAGUAUUCACAAGAUAUUUUAGAUGCAUUCGAAUUGUUGCUUCAGUUUACGCCUUUGCUUGAUAUAAUGGACUCCACAUGCUCGUGCAAUUAUGUAGAAUGUUUGCUAAAUGAAUUGCAGAAGGUAAAUCUUGUGACGGAAAAGCAGGCGAAGCAAAUAAGCGCGAAAAGGGAGGGAGUAACAGCAGCUCUUCAAAAAUUGGAGCCGUCUAGCACUCCAACAUCAUCCAUCCCAAAAGUUAUUAUAUGUGCAGAACCGACAUUAGCCGGCAUCUUGAAGACUUUGAAUGCUGAUUACACAAAGAGCUCUUUAUUGAGUAUGUUAUAUCAUGUUUUGAACAGUUUUGAAUUAAUGCUGGCUGUGGCAACUGUAGAAGGAAAACUGAAGACUUUCGUUAACAAACUUAUCAAACUCAAUGAAUGCAGUAAACAGAUCAACGAGUCUGUGACUGGCAAAACAGCAGCAAAGCAAAGAGCAAUGUCAUUCGAUGUAUCGUUUCUUAUGUUGUGCUCCAUAGUGCAAACGUAUGGUUCUGAUGUUGUCUUAGAAGAAGGAGGGGAUUCAUUUUUCGAACAAUGGGUGCGCGAGUGUAUGCCUGAACGAAAGAAGCCAAAGUCACCACAGAGGAUGCUGCAAAACGUCGAUCCGGCACGGGUGGAUGCUUUGCUAACGCAAUUAAAUUCGCCAGAUCCUGAUUUCAAAUCAAGUAAUCUGAAAUGGCAUGUCGCAUGUCAAUCAGCGAUGGGCGCAGUAAAAGAAUUGCUUUGCGCAUGGGAGAGCGGUGUGCUAGGCGCAGGCGAUGUCAAAAUGGCUCUGGACGGUUUGCGCACAGCAGCAUGCUGUCUGCCCGUCUGUGCCGCAGCAUGGCUUUGCGCCUACAUGAGUAUUACGCACCAGGACGCUCUGUUGAAACCCAUGAAUAUGGUUCAGCAUUUUCUGACACCGUUACCGGGUGACGAGAUGCAGGAUAAUCUCAAAGAAAGAUCAAGUUUAAUGUUUCAAAUUAUUCGGAAAAUGCAAUACGACGUACAUCCGCCUACACAAUCAAAAACAAAGGUGCUUUCUAUGUCCCAUAGUAUUAUUUCGCGGCAGCCAAUACUGGAACAAUUGGAAUCCGUUUGGCAGAAUAUAAAUCAACGUGGUUGGAUAAACAUACAAGCUACACAGUCAUUGGAAUCCUUAUUAAAUACUGGUGGUUCUUUAUGGUUCGUUACGAAUAUAAUAAAGGAAGUAUUAAAAUAUCGAUAUCAAGAAGAAUUGGAUCAAGCUGUGGAUCUGGCAUUUGCUAUCUUCCAUCUUGAUAUAGAAAAUUGCACUUUAGAUCUCAUAAAUCAUAUAAUACCGCAAUACUUGGAUAAUUCGUUGCAGAGCGAUGAACUUGUAGAGCCACAGUCGUCUAUCCUAGCUAAAUUAUGCGUAUAUUGUAUAUUUUCUACUUUGGAAUACAACAACUCGAAUCCAUAUCGGAGCAACAAUCGUAAACGCGUGCGGCGUGAAUUGGAUGCGGACGAACUGGAUCCAUUAAGCAUGUCUAAUAAGCUUUUGCGACUGAAUGAAACGGGUGAAAGCGUUCCCAUGUUCGGUUCACAGAGCCCACAGUCGCAAGGUUCUAAUAAUGGACAAAAAUCUAUGGUUGUUCUGAGGGAUCCGCUUAUGACUGCAUUGAACAAUCUAUUCACCAUGUUCGCUUUUCUAGCUGGUAGAGACGGAGAAGUGUGUCAACAGACUCAUUUUAUAUUUCAGUUCCUGCGAUUUACAGUACAAUGCGGCAAAGAUAGAACUCGUAUCGUGUUGCAGGGAAUGCCGCAAACUCUGGUACCCUGUCUUCUUAAAGCAUUACCCGAAUUGUUCACGACUGAUAUUUUACUACGAUUAUACGAUAUACAAACCGUAAUCGGGCGCAUGGCAACCGCACGAGACUUAUGUAUGUUGCGGAAUAUUAACUUAAAGCCCACAAAAUAAAUAUACAGCUCUGUGUCCUAAGAUAGGGUGCUUGUUUUUUUCUUAAAUGUGAUUUUAUUAUGAUUAA